UUUGAACUGGGGUCUUUCUAACUCCAAUCCCAGCUGACUAUUCACUGGUUAAGAACCCUUGGUCUAGAGGCUGACCAGCUGUCCCCAGCACUAAGUCCUAGGAACAGCUUGAGCUCCCUUUCAAGGGAAGCUGCCUCUGGGCCUAACUCUUUAUUCCUUGGGCAUUAGAAUGGGGGCUUCUAGAGGACAGGGAGGUUUUGGCCACAUAGGGCAUGGGACCGAAGGGUUUGUGGGGGGGCAUGGCAGUUCUCCCAGUUGGUAGCCUGCCUCUGUGGCUCGGGCUACUCCCCUCCCCAGCUGGGGUCCUCCGAGAACCUGCUGGAAACCCCCCUUGGAGAUGGUCUCACCCGUGGGCCCACCAGCUUGAUAAGUGUUUGUUGUUGGCCUGACACACCCAUCAUCCUCAUACCCACCCUUGCCUGAGAAUUAGCCCCAUUAAGUCUUAGUGGCAAUGGCUGGGGAUGGCAUUGACCUUAAAGGAGGUCAUAAGAGAAAAUCAAAGUUUUGAGGGCCAUUGAAGGAGUUGAUGGGCUGGUCUUUGCUUUUGCACACAUAAAAUCUAAUCUUGUGAGUCAUCGGGCACACCCUGCCAAGGUGUUGAUAACCACACUUGGCUACCCAUACCAAGAUGGCCGCUGGUGCAAAGUCCCAGCCCUAUGUUCUGUGGGAGACGCUCUGGCCUCUCUUGGCUUCCCAUUCUAUGGUCUCUUCCCAGGAGCGCAGGAAGGGGCGCAGAGAAGAAAAACUACCUCGCCCACAAUCCCCUGCGCCGCUCUGACGCUGCGGCUGGCUGCAGCCAAUGGGGAGAGGCAGCUGCGGCGGGGGCCGAGGAGGGACAUUUUAAAAGGGCCGGGGAUUGCGGGCAUCAGUGGCCAUGGCGGAGACUGCGGCGGCGGCGGCAGCAGCGGCGGAAGCCGCCUCGGCGGAGACUCCUCCUUUCCAGCUGGGCAAGCCUCGCUUCCAGCAGACUUCCUUCUAUGGCCGGUUCCGGCAUUUCCUGGACAUCAUUGAUCCCCGUACUCUCUUUGUCACUGAGAGUCGCCUUAAAGAAGCUGUGCAGCUCUUAGAAGAUUAUAAGCAUGGGACGCUGCCUCCAGGGGUCACCAAUGAGCAGCUUUGGAGUGCUCAGAAAAUCAAACAGGCCAUCCUACACCCGGACACCAAUGAGAAGAUCUUCAUGCCUUUUAGGAUGUCAGGUUACAUCCCCUUUGGAACACCCAUUGUUGUUGGCCUCCUCCUGCCCAACCAGACCCUGGCCUCCACCAUCUUCUGGCAGUGGCUGAACCAGAGUCACAAUGCCUGCGUCAACUAUGCAAACCGCAAUGCGACCAAGCCUUUGCCUGCAUCCAAGUUCAUCCAGGGAUACUUGGGAGCCGUCAUAAGCGCUGUCUCAAUCGCAGUGGGCCUUAAUGCUCUGGUUCAAAGAGCAAACAAGUUCACCCCAGCCACCCGCCUUCUCAUCCAGAGGUUUGUGCCGUUCCCGGCUGUAGCAAGUGCCAAUAUCUGCAACGUGGUCCUGAUGAGGCACAAUGAAUUGGAGGAAGGAAUUGAUGUCCUGGACGGUGAUGGCAACAUCGUGGGCUCCUCAAGAAUUGCAGCCAGACAUGCACUGAUCGAGACGGCCCUGACUCGAGUGGUCCUCCCCAUGCCCAUCCUGGUUCUACCUCCAAUCAUCAUGUCUGUGCUGGAAAAGACAUUUCUCCUGCAGUCUCGGCCCCGGCUCCUUCUGCCUGUGCAAAGCUUCGUGUGCCUUGCCGCCUUCGGCCUGGCCCUGCCUCUCGCCAUCAGUCUCUUUCCACAGAUGUCAGAGAUUGAAACAUCCCAAUUGGAGCCAGAGAUUGCACUGGCCACAGCCAGUCGGACAGUGGUAUACAACAAAGGCCUGUGAGUGGAUGCAGGUCCUCUGGCCAGAGAAGCAAUGCGCCAGAGGACCAGGUAGGCUGAGAGCUGGAAAGAGGAAAUGUCAGCCUGCUCUCCUGACUCCAAGUAGUUGAGCAAGGAGUUCUAAGCUAAUACCACAUCACUAAUGUUGGAAAGGAAGUAACAUUUUCAGACAACCACCACCUUACCAGAGGUUGGGAGGUUAAAGCAGUCAGAUUUUAACACAGGGGAGAAGGGGGUGGGGGGAAAGCCUAGUGCAGGGGAGAGUCAGAUUUUAUAGAAAGGAAAUACUAUAAUCAAGAGCAUUUCUGGGCCGUAGUGGGGAGCUUAUAGAACCUAUCCCAGCACAAUCAUGAAGGAAGCUGGGAAGAAAUAUAUAGAAUGCCCUAAAGAGAGAAAUAGGGUGUUGGGAUUUUAAAGGGUUUUUUUUUGUUUCUUUUUGUUUGGUCGGGUGUUUUAAAGUCAGAAUUGAGUCUUAACACUGGUUGAUGCUGCAUAGAAGCCAUUUCAUAGCUGGGUGGAUGAGCAUGGGAAUUGGGCACAUGAACUUGGUGGGGUGGGGGUGCUGCAUCACAUCCUCUGGGGAAAACCUGAGCCCUGUUGCCCAGUCUUGCCCUGCCUAACCUGGUGUUCCCAGUAAGCAGGAGAUGCUACAUGUGUCCCUUCCUCUAUUCUUCUCUCCCUUCCUCGAAGACUGGAACCCAACUGGACUGGAACUUGAGACCCUGGGGCCUUCCCAUUAAAGGGACAAGGGAAGCAGGUCCAUAUUCCCAGCAGCAGCUUUCUGCCCUCUGGAGCCCCCCAGAUGGGGAAGCUACAGGCCAGUUAUCAAGGGCACCAAAGCAAGCCCAAAUCCAGACCUUUCAGUAGACUGGGUGCCUCCACUUUGUGAUUUGGGAAAGGGAGAUGGGAAGGGACGCUACUAAUGGCAUGAUGACAUUGGAGGUACCCUACAACUGUGAGUGCUUCCAAGACUAAGGACUGACUCACCUGUGGGAGAAGAUGCCAGUGGCACUUUAUAUGCUGCAACAGGAGAGGGAUGAGGACUUUAAGUGGCCCAAAUUGGUGAGGCCUGGGGAAUGGAGGAAGAAAGUGGCAGCAAGUUCCCAGGGUUGCAAUCUAAGCUGGGAACUGAUGCUCUGGAGUGCUCCCCUGAGCCAUUUGGGACAGACUAGACCUGGUCUCUGGCCCAAAACUCUAGCCAGAAGAUCAGGAUCAGGCAAUCUAACCCUUCCAGGACUGCCUGGCACCCCUUCCCCACCAUGGAAGCCAAUCAGUAACCAGAUCUCAGAUGGCACCUGUCUACCUGUCCAACCAUCCAAGCUACACCGGUGUGUGCUGAAGUCCCCUGUCCUCUUCUUCUCCCCACUCUAUCCCUAUCAGGAAUAAGCCAAGACUUGAUGGAAGCAAGGUUAUCUAAAUCCUUAAAAAUGACCCAGAAAUUGGUUCCGUCCAGCCUCCAAAGCCAUUGAAGCUCCAGGGGAGGAAAGAAUUCUCCUCUCCCCUCUGCCCAAGGAGGAGAGACCUAGCAAUUAAAGAUAUGCCACUCCUCUUGGGAUGGGGACCAUGUAGGAAAAGCCAUCUGGGACACAUCUGUCCAGGAAAGAUGCAACUGAGCCUCUGACUCUUCACGAAGAUCAAUGGAAGUGGGGACUACGUAUGAACCUCAGGAUAGCUGUGCAACUGACUUGAAUGUUUGGACCAACUUGGGUUUAUUCCCCUCUGGACCACUCUGCCCCAAAGCAGCCUGCCCCCUUAGACCUGGACUUCCCUUGACUUCUCCCUUUCCUCUAUCCUCUCCUCUUCUCCCCAAGUGGGUUUUGUAUCAGGGAUGCAGAGAACUGUUGUUCCUCACUCAAGCCUGAGAGGCUGGGUGCUAUGACAGAAAGCCCAAACCGGGGGCAGCUUGGUGGCAUAGUGGAUAGAGCACUGGCCCUGGAGUCAGGAGGACCCGAGUUCAAAUCUGGCCUCAGA